AUGGCACAUUUACCACCGAAUAUCAAUUUUGACAGCCAUGAGCGGGAAGCUAUGGCUAAUUUCGUCGGCCAAAACGUCUAUUCUACCAGAGCUACCACUUUUGGAUACGCGAAUCUACAAAUUUAUAACAGCGAGGCUGCAGCCAGGUUGCGCCUCACCGAAGAAAUGUUCACUAUACAUGACACUGUGGCGGCAGAUAUAAAUUGCUAUAGGCUUCAUUCAUCAUUUAUCAAGAUUAGCGGUAGAUUCGGUAUCAUUAUCUGCGAACCUGGUAUGAUUGGCUCUAUGGUUCAUCUCAACGCCGUUGAUGAAAGGAUUAUCCUGAAACCCGAGUGUAGAAUUGGCAACAAUGUUUAUAUUGGUCCUGGUGUAGUGAUUGGACUUAGUGUACAUGUCUGCGAAAAUGUCCGGAUCGUGGGCAGCACAGAGAUCAACAGCCAUACAAGCGUGGGACAAGGCGUGUCGAUGGACUGGAAUGUACGCAUUGGCGUAAAUGUAGUGAUUGGACAUGAUGUCAUAAUCGGAAAGAAUGUUGUAAUUGAAGCAUCAGCAAUUAUUGAAAUGGGUGUUGUAAUUGAGAAUGAUGUACGCAUUGGAGCUUGUGCAAAGAUCUUGAGGAAUAAGAGAAUAAGGGCUGGUACGAGAGUUGAAGAGAAUUCUACAUACGGCCUUUAA